GCUGCUUCCAGCAAUUGCAUACAGAGGUGUUAAAUUAGACCUCAGCCGCCGCUAUAUCGAAGGAGAAACAAUUGUCUGGUGGGGUUUCUCAUCAUGCACAACAUCUGUUGGUGUGCUAAAAUCAGAAAUGUUCUUGGGAAAGACCGGUAACAGAACUAUGUUUACCUUACACUGCAAAUCAGCCAGAGACAUUCGUAAACAUUCAUUUUAUCCCGUUGAAGAUGAAGUACUUCUUAUGGCAGCAACACAAUUUAAAGUAGUCAGCUCCCUUGAUCAAGGUAAUCUUCACAUUAUUCAAUUGGAAGAAACUGAGCCACCAUUUCCACUUUUACAACCGGUACCUAUUGUUGGUUCAUUGCCAAUUCAUUCCAAUCCACCUGAUGAUUCGACGACGACCUCUUCUUGCACAAACAAAGAUAAAACAGAGAAAAUAUCGACCAAACCUCAAGUUGAUACACAUGGAGCAGCUGCCAGUGCUAGCAAAAAUACAGGAAUAAAUUCGAUCACUGGCCAAAUGUCUGCUGUAAAAAUUAGUGCUUCAAUUAAUGAAGGUAAGAUAUUGCUGUUUUAUUGUCUCGAUUAG